AUGCUGUCUCAAAACGUGCUCGGACCGUCGACUUCGUUAAGCGGCACUAAUAAUUCAGCACUUCAAUCGUCCGUUCUUUCCGACGGUGAGCUUUUUCUUUCAUAGAAAAUAGCUGGAAGGGUUUCUCGUAGAUCUUUAGUAACCUUUGCUCUCGAUAAAAAUCUUGCAAAAAAAGUUUGAACGAUUCGCUGUAUUUUUGGACGUCACAAUUCGCGUCUACCCGAGAUUAUCUACACGAGAUUGACAUUUUUCGCUUUGAUCCACAAUGAGAUUAGGACACAAAAAUAGAAAUGAAAAACUCGGUUGCCUUUUUUCAGGUGCUCUCCUGUCCCAUUCUCAGCCCACACGAGAAGAGCUCAAAAAGAGUUUCGAGACGCGAGAAGGCGUUUACCGGAAUCUGCAGUUGGCCGAGUUCUCGCGUCCUCGGCCUCUUCCUCAGUACCAAAUGUCGACCGGAAUGGCUAAUGCCGCUGCAAAUCAAAUCGUCGCCUCUGGCUCCACAGUUCGUGUCAGUUUUCUGAAUCUGUCUGCCAAGAAUCCGGAUGCGAACGAGGCGACGACGUCAUCCGCCUAUGACACGCACAAAAAAGAGCCGAAUGGGCCGUUUUCGCGACAAGAACAGGUGUGUUAUGAGAUUGGUGAGAAGGAGAGAAAGAUGGCGGGAAGAUAAAGAAAGAAUAAGCAAAAAGAAUGGAGUCUGAAGGGGACGGAACAUGCGCAAAAAAAUUCGUAUUUAUAGGAUGCAGAUGACGUAUGGGCCGACAAGAUCUGCUUCAAUGUUGGAAAGGAACUAUAUGUCUACUCAUACAGGUGAAUUUUAAGAAAUUAUUAAUAUGCCUCUAUAUAAAACCAAUUUCAGAGGAACGUGCACUCAAACAGAUCUCUCUCGGCCAAUCGACAAGCGGGUUUACAAGGGAACGUCGCCCACUUUCCACGCAUUCAAUCAAGAAACAGCCGAUCCCCGGUCUUGCCAGUGAGUUCUCUAAUCGUUUGGUUUUUUUUUUCAUUUAUUACUGCAUUCAGGCUGAUUAUCGGCUUUUCCCUCGGCCAACUGCAAAUCAUCGAUCCGCUGGAGAAAACGACGGCAUCGCCCGUUAGCAGGCUGUACAACGAGGAUCGUUUCAUCGACAAGACCUCCGUCACUUGCAUCCGCUGGCUUCCCGGUUCGUGUCCCCGUAGCCUUUUCCUUAAAUUUUCAUCUGCUUACAGGCGAACCCAAUAUAUUUUUGGCUUCAUACGUGUCUGGUAACAUUUACGUGUACGACGAUCGAAUUCCGCCCGUCAACAGCAAUAACAGUAGCAGUAGCAGUACGGGUCCGCCAUGGAUUCCUCUGAAAGAUGUAAACAAAAGACUGGCAACGGAAAUUUGAUGAUUGUUCAUUUUCAGGGAGAAAAAUGGGCAGUUUAUACCUGGAAAGCGAAGAACAAACGGAAUCCCGUUCAUAGGUGGCAAAUCGGGGAAGGAGCCAUCCAUCAGUUCAACUUUUCCGGACCGGAUGCGAAAAUGAUGGCGACCGUCGGGCAUGACGGAUUUCUGCGAGUCUUCAAUUACCGGAACAUGGAAUUGUUAGCGAUGAUGAAGUCGUAUUUCGGUUAGCAUUCUAAACAUUUGUUGCCAAAGAAACUAGAACGUUCAGGUGGAUUGCUGACACUCUCGUGGAGCCCGGAUGCAAAACUCAUUGCAACUGGCGGCGAAGACGACCUUUUGACGGUGUACAGCGUAACGGAUAAGCGAGUUGUCUGUAGAGGGCAAGGUCAUAAGAGCUGGAUCAGCCAGGUUCAGUUCGAUCCGUUCCUGUGCACUACCGAAGAGGAUGGAGAGCCUAACGGUGGCGGAAUGCCCGCUGCAACCACCCUGGACGACGUCUCGAAAGAAGUAACGAUGCGGGCUGGUCAUCUUCCGUCGACGAGUGCGGAUCUGGCCGGAGUUAUGCACGCGACGUCGACUUUCUCCAGAUGUUCACUCGCCUCUUUCAACACACUUGGACCCAGUGGAAACAGUGUCUGUUAUCGAAUCGGUAGCGUCGGACAUGACACAUUCCUGUGCCUCUGGGACAUCACCGAGGACAUGCUCGUGCCGGCCAACGUGCGGAGACAUCGAAAUUCAACGAUCAUUGCUCCGGUGACGACUCUGGAGAUUCAGACGAGUCCGACACGUCUCGAGGAUCUGGAGGAGGUGUCACCGGGAGGAGCGGGAGCUUCGACGUCAUCAGCAGAACCGACUUCGCAGCCACAGCCUCAACCAGUGCAGAAACCAGAAAAGCCCAAAAAGAAGCGGUUGUAUAAGAAGGCUCUCACUCUGUCGAGAUUCACAUCCAGUAACAAUUCGAAUCAAACUUCCAAUUCAACUGGAACUCACAAAACCGGCACACUGACCAAUGGAUCUGUUCUUUCCGACGGGUUAGCUUUACCUAUGAGACAUUGAAUAACUUAUAUUUCCAGGUCCAGGAGGAUUCCAGGACUUACUUCCCAAAUCAGUUGUUGCCAGGAAACACGUCUUCUGGGAUCAAAGUAUUGUCCAGGAAUCCGAGACGUGCCAAUGAUUGGUGCGAAGUUCUUUUUUCCCGUGCUUUUUUCAACAGUUCAUUUUAGAGCCGUUAAUGUGCAAGAAGGUUUCGCACGACCGUCUGACCGUGCUGGAAUUCCGCGAAGAUUGUGUGGUCACCGCUUGUCAGGAAGGCUUUAUUUGCACGUGGGGACGGCCGGGCAAAUGGCAGCCUCCGAAGCGUGACGCCGUGAACUCUCCGGGAACAGUCAGUCCGGAGCCCGGCCCGAAGCCUUCAACCUCAACCGCCCAACAUUCUUACGGAUAUGCUUCCGAGAUGUCGAAUGGAGUGCCACCGUCUCGCUCGUCGAGUUCCUACAGUAACAGUGAGUGAAAAUUGCUCGGGUAACGGUGAAUAACCUGUUUCGAAGAAGUUUAG